CUUUCUCUUUUCUCUUUUAUAUUUCAGGACAAUGAAAGUACCUCUGGUUUAAGUCAAGCCAUGAAAAACCUCGAACUUGUUUCGUUCGACAGUAGCCCUUACGCUACAGAAAGUACCGGCAGCAGCAGCAGUAGUGCGAAUGAUUCAUCAAUCGAAAACCAAACGCUUCGUCGCUUAAAGCUGAAUGAAUUUCUAAGUGUAUGUGGCAGGGAAACUGUGAAUCAACCGAAAAAAAGUUGGGAGCAACUAAGCACGCGAACUAAAAAUGUUCGCGUAUCUAAAGCAAAAGAUGCUGUCGUUGCGUCGUUAGAGGUCAUUUCUCCUGGAAACCCGGCAGCCCUAUGGGAAGCAAUGAAAAGCUCACAGUCUGUAGAAAAAGCCUUAGGCACAGAAAAUCAAUCUCCGUUGGAUAAGAAGUACGUGGAAGCGUUAGCAGAGACCUAUCAGAAUGCAAGUAGUUGGGACACCCGCCGACAGGUGUUGUCAAUAAUGGCUGAUUUGACACCGUACUCUGUUUUGCAGCAAUUUAUUCCUGGCAUCACCGACUACAGAAUCAAAGUAGCUCGCCAACAUUCCAUCGAGCAUGGACUCGGUUUUCCCCUGCCUGCCGCCAAGAGCCCUAGACUCAGGGUAGACGAAAUCCAGCUCGAUCAUUUUUUAAGCUUCAUUACCAGUCCCAACGUGGUCCAAGAUCUACCGUUUGGCCAACGCUACCUGUACCUAUCAAACGGCAAGGUACUCGAAACACCUAAUGUGAUAAGGUCCAUGAUACCACCGCGCAUAAUUGAUCAGUGUAACCAGUCCUGCUUGGAGACGAAUUUUUCUCCGUUCAGCCCGUCCACAAUGUUACGAAUAUUGUCAUCGUGUACCUCUACAGUAAGAAAGUCACUUCAAGGACUAGACUACUUUGCCGCUGAAGGAGCAAAAGCCUUUAACGAUUUGCUAAAAUUAGUUGCAAGGACUGGAGACAGACAGUGGGUCGUUAGAUGCGAGCAAGCUCUGAAAGAGGGAAAACAGUAUUUGAAAACGGACUACAAGGUAGAUAUUUUAGAACCAUUUAUAAUAUAAACACUGAAAGGGUAAUCACAUAAAAGAAGUAAAUAUGCAAAGGCGAUCAGUUGAACCCUUAAAAAUUAUUGUAGCUAUGCCUACCUUUUAUGCUUAGUUACCCCUUUUAUACUAUUAAGUAAAUUUAAUUGUAUGACCACAGUAAAAGAUGUGUGAUAAAUCGUGUCUAGUUCUUUGGCCAAUCAUAGGUUGAUGAUCUCUUUUUUAAGAUGUUGAAUUCAAAAUUUACCCAGAAAUUUCAAAAACACAAUGAAGAAAUUCUUCUUUGUAGAUAUAGCUUAUUAUUUUUGUUCUGACUACUUUCUCGCAGGUUCAUAUCACCAGAGCAUCCAGUAUCCCCGACCACUGUAGUGCGUACGCCCUAACUGAUACAAAAGAAGAGUGUCUUCGAGAAAUGUGUGACCACGCCCACGACAAGAGUUGUCCCUUUUGUGAUCGGCUGAAAGACACUUUAAAAGAAAUUGAGUUGAAUUUGAUCGAAGCGAACCUGGAUGAAGAAGACCGGGAUGACGUCAUGUACUCGUUUCAGCAAGGUUAUACAGCAAUAGAAGCUUGGAAGGCUCAUCAACUGAGAUCUAUUCAACAGGAUAAGGCUCGCUUAAACAUCAUAGAUACCCUGGCAGAAAGUUCAGUGUUAAUCACUCAAGACUGGGCGAUGAAAUUCUUGCCCCGAAAGUACCGGGAAACCCAAGCCGACUGGUUUGCUAAGAGAGGAAUCUCUUGGCAUUUCAGUACCGUCGUACGUCGAAAGGGAAACCUGCGAAACCAAGCAUUUGUCCACAUUGUGAAGAAUUGUAAUCAAGACAGUGACGCGGUGGUAAGCGUUUCACGCCACACCUUGCAGCAGCUCAAAAUGGACCAUCCUGAAACAACAACUGCCUUUCUCCGCCAGGACAACGCUGGAUGUUAUCACAGUAACAAGUGUGGACUUAUGGAGAAAGCAACGGGAAUUAAAGUAGAAAGAGUUGAUUUUAGCGACCCGCAAGGCGGUAAGGGGCCCUGUGACAGAAAGGCGGCCACAAUUAAAGCUCACGUUUUAAGGUAUCUCAACGAAGGUCACGAUGUGGUCACUGCAGAAGACUUCCGAGAUGCAAUGCUGUCUCAUGGUGGUGUUAGAGGUGUUCGGGGGGCUUUGAUCGACAUGUCCAUCGUGCGUCCAACGUCUCUGCGUGGGAAAUUAGAGGGAGUUAGCAGCCUUAACAAC